GACCUUCACUUGCUUGCCACUCCACCUCUGCUCAUACCUCCUCCCCUCCCUCCUCCUCCUCCCCCGCCUUCCAUCCAAGAAGGCAAGAACUCGCCACUCCAUCCCAUCAAUCAUCACAAAUCAGUCGGUCUGCAGCACCCAGCCGCGUGCCUCGUCUUUACCCAUGGCGUCCUCCUCCCCGUCAUGCCGCACCGCCGCCGCCGGCGGCGGCGGCGGCAAGCCGGACGUGGACCGGAUCAAGGGCCCCUGGAGCCCCGAGGAGGACGAGGCCCUGCAGCGGCUCGUGGCGCGCCACGGCGCGCGCAACUGGUCCCUCAUCAGCCGCUCCAUCCCCGGCCGCUCCGGCAAGUCCUGCCGCCUCCGCUGGUGCAACCAGCUCUCGCCGCAGGUGGAGCACCGCCCCUUCACGCCCGAGGAGGACGACACCAUUCUCCGCGCGCACGCGCGAUUCGGGAACAAGUGGGCUACCAUCGCGCGCCUGCUCUCCGGCCGCACCGACAACGCCAUCAAGAACCACUGGAACUCCACGCUCAAGCGCAAGUACUACGCCGCCGCCGGCGGCCAAGCGGCGGACGCCGCGGCGGCGGGGCAUGCCGACGCGGACGACGAGCGGCCGCUCAAGCGGACCAGCAGCGACGGGCACCCGGGGCUCUGCUUCAGCCCCGGGAGCCCGUCGGGGUCCGACCUCAGCGACUCCAGCCACCACAGCCUGCCCUCCGUCAUGCCGUCGGCUGCUGCUCCUGCCGUGACAUCGCAGCAGCAGCAGCACGUGUACAGGCCGGUGCCGCGCGCUGGCGGCGUGGUCGUGCUCCCGCCGCCGCUGGCGCCGCGGCCGCCGUCUCCGCCGGCGACCUCCCUGUCGCUGUCGCUGUCCCUGCCCGGGCUGGACCAGCAGCCCGAUCCGUCCCCCUCCCCUGCUCCUGUACAGAUGCAGCAGCAGCCGGCUCCUUCUCAGAUGCCGCCGCCACCCCAACCGAGCUUGCCGUUCCAGCUGCAGCCGCCGGCGAUGAACCUCGCGUCGCCGCGGCCGCCACAACCGGCGCCGUUCAGCGCGGAGUUCCUGUCGAUGAUGCAGGAGAUGAUCCGGAUCGAGGUCCGCAACUACAUGUCCGGGUCGGGCCUGGACCCGCGCGCCGACGCCGGCGCCGUGCACGCCGUCAGCAAGCGCAUGAUGGGCAUGGCCAAGAUCGAGUAGCAGCAUCACCAGCAGCUACUGAAGUCACUGAUGCGAAUCGAUCCGCGGCGGCAGCGCGCGUGCAAGAAAGAACGGCGUGGCCAAGCAAAGCCGAAACAGAGGCCGUGCGGCGGCGGCAAGUGAAGAGAAGAUGAGCCGAGCUCCACCGGCUUCGUUCCAAAGCUGUCGUUGUCGAAACGAAAGAUCCUUCCUUCCCAAAUCCCCCCCUGUCUAGAGUUCCCUAAAUCUAGCCAUUUCUUCUCUUCAAUUUUUUUACCCCCUUCUGUCCAGUUCCAUCCAGUCUAGUAGAAAGUCUCCAAGGGAGCAGAGCAGGGCGCGGAGACGAAGAAAACUUGGUCUUCUCGUCUGCCUGUCAGCCAGGAGACGUAGAGGCACAACACUCCCCCUCUGAAAUAAGGUGCAGAGCAAGAAGGAUGCUUCCUUCCUUCCUUGCUGCUUGCUGGUGGGUGACCAGAGAGUACCAUGCCAGCCGGCCGGAGUAGUAGCCAUGCAUGCAUGCAUCCAUGUUCUUUUUGUACAGAAACCGAAAACAACAGGAAAAAAAGAAAUGAAGAAGAUGAGAAUCGAUGAGAAGAGGCCUCGAGUUUCAUGGAUCACGCAUUCUGCUACCUUGCCUGCAAACAACACGCGUGUGCGCGACUUCGUUCCUUGUUUUCAGUCAGCUACUGCAACCUA